UGUUGUGUUUUGAAAUUUUCUUCAUUCUUCAGGUGUGCCAUAAGACUUGCUCUGACGUGACAAACAGUUUACUGAAGUUGUAACUUUAGCAGGACCUUCGUUAUCCUCAGAGAAGCUCGAUGCCUCCUCCAUCCUCUUCUCCCCUCCUCCUCCUCCUCCUCUUUAUCCUCUUCAUCGUCCUGUGCCCUGAGGUGUGGAGCUAUGAGGCUCCUGAGGACAAGCAGGAUGUGUUUGCUAGAAGAGCCUGUCCUGCCUUCCUGACCUUCACCAAUGCUGCCUACCUGUCUGGAGUCACUGUGGAGCUGCCUUGCCACUGCAAACCACAACAGGUCCACUCAGUCGUGUGGUUCUUCAGGAAACAUCUGGACGGCUCCAAGGAGACCAGAGCCCUGACUGAUCACCAUGGCAACAAGCUGGUGGACCCCAGGCAUGUUCCUCACAGCGGGACCCUACAGAGCCGAUUCUCCAUCCGUCUCUUCAGCCUGCUGAUCUUCAGGGCUGGUCCUGACGACUCAGGCAUCUAUAUCUGUGGCUCCGCUGACAAAGACUUCUUCUAUGGUUACGACCUGGAUAUCCAGGAGGCACGCACAGUCAGCUUCGUUCAGAGGCUCAAUCCAGAAACUACAGGAAAGAAAAUGAAAGAAAGGAAAGGACUCGGCUCUGUUCAGCCGUUGUAUCAGGUGUUCAUCGGUUUCCGACCCUGGUCAGUCUGUGAUCGCUGUGGAGUAGCGGGAGAGCAGGUUCGUGUCGGGCUCUGCUACAUGCACUCCCACCUCCUUCAUGUACGCUACAGACGGGCCAAUCAGACAGUCACGUCAUGCGGCUCAGGUGCGGUGCCCAGGACUUUCACACAGCGGAAGCAAGACAGACUUGGAGCCAAGCUCGAAGUCACGAGCUGUCAAGUGCCCUGUCCAACUCAAGCUCCUCGAUCCUCCAAAAUCCUUGCUCUGAUGACAUUUCUUGGUUACAAUUCUGCCUCCCUGCCAGCAGAGGUACCAGUGUUUUACCUAAACCACCCCACAGACCAUGUCCUGACCCUGGGCUGUCCCGAAGCCCGACCCAACAUGGCUGUGGCCUGGGACAGAGGAUCUGAACCCAUAUACCGAUGGGAACACUCGGCAGGUCGUAGCCUCAGCACCACGGCACCCAGGCUGCUGAUUGACGCCGGACACCACCUGGUGUUUAACCCUGCGAAAACCCAGGACUCAGGUGUCUACUACUGCUGGCUGCAGGGUCACCAGGCCGCCGAGAUACGUCUGCUGGUCUACGCCCAUCUUGGGCGGGGGCAGUCAGUGACAUCACAUCCUGAUUUCCCAAAGGCUGUUAAAACCAUGCUGACAUCUUAUGCUGUCAUGACAGCUGUGUUUUGCCUUCUGAUGUUCGGCAGAGCUGGAGUCAGACACCUCAGAGACACCAGAGAAACACACGUGGAUUAAA